AUGUCACCAAACGCCGGGGAGAAGCUCCUGCCCAAUGACCUCGCAUUCACACCCAACGACGUCUUUGGGACAAUAAACACAACUCCGCUCUCGCCCCGUGAAGAGCUGCUCGCCGCUCGCAUGGCCGACGACAACUUUCUUUCCAAUACCUCGUUUUCAUACCGACCGCCCUUUGCAGAACAUCAUGACAGCACGACCAGCAUCGGCUGGGAGAGCCUUAGGCGCGCCGUUGAGGCACUUCACAUUCUCGAGAAGAGGCAGUCUUGCCCGACAACUAUGAACAGCUGCGAGUACAUCGGAGCCGCAAACAAGUGCUGUCUGAGCAACGAAGUGUGUGUCAAGGUGGUCGACGAGCACGUUGGGAACGUCGCCUGUUGCCCCAAGGGUGCCGCUUGCAGCGGAGCGGUUGCGGCAUGUCCCAGCGGUACCACGAGCUGUGAUGCGGAGAUGAGUGGUGGAUGUUGUAUUCCGGGAUAUGUCUGCCAGGGCGUUGGCUGCGUACCAAGCCCUCCCCCGGCGACGAGUGCUUCACCCACUCAGACGGUCACAGGCACUGGUGGAGGUGGAGGUGGAGGAGGCGGCGGCAGUACCGGUGGCGGGGGCGGAGGUGGAGGAGCAGGCACGACAGUCGUACAGACCAUCACCACGACGUCCGUCUCUACAACGACACUCGUUGACGGGAGAACCACGACGGUGCAUGUGACGGUAAUCGUAACGGUAAAUCCCGGCGGAGCGACCACGAGAACAACCACGACGAGCACAGCCCCCGAGGAGCCCUCAACCACGACUCCAGAGCCUACAACGACGACUACAGGCACCGCGGUGCCUCCAUUCCGACCGACAUCCACCGACUCUGACGAGCCUCCAGUCACAUCCGCGUACUGCCCGACCGGAUUCUACGCCUGUCUCGCCCGCGCCGGUGGAGGCUGUUGCCAGACUGGCCGCGACUGUGCCACUACUUCGUGUCCGCCCACAGAAUCGACCACCAUUAUCAGCAACGGCGUCACCGUCGUAGUUCCCCUUACCGAGGUACCGGAGCCCCAGGCAACGGAGACCUGCGCGAGUGGUUGGUUCUUGUGCGGCUCCGAGGGUGGUCCCGUCCCUGGCUGCUGCCCGAGCGGGUACGAGUGCGGUACCGCGAGCUGCUCGAGCAUCUCACCGACACGCACUGGUGAGAUCCAGAAGCAUUUCCCCAAUUCGGGGGGUUCAAGGGCUGUGGUGUCGUUGGCUGCCGUGGCCGUCUCUCUUAUGGUUGCGUUAUUUUGA